AUGGUUCAGUCGAGGUCUAUACCACUCUCCCUCAACCCACACUGGCCUCACUUCGCCGCCUUUGCGUGCAUAGCCCUUGCACUCCUUCUUGGCUUCACUCGCCUCACCCUUCUUGAUCUCUCCGACCCGUUGCGUUGUGAUGCUUUGCUCAAUAGAGGCCGGUGGCUCGAUGGUGGCUUUAAAAACUGGCAGCCCGAUGGCUGCAUGAUGCACUCCUACCAAUCGAAGGACGCCGAGACGUGCCUACAAUCUCGAGAUGUCGUCUUCAUGGGAGAUUCUGUCGCCCGAAAGCUCUUCUUUCAGUUCGCCAAUAUCGUCGACAAGGGUCUUGCCACAGGCCCACCAGACGACGCACAGAAGCAUGCCGACCAUCACCUACGCGCUUCGUUUGGGACGGAGCUAUCUUUCUACUGGGAUCCAUUUCUUAACUCGUCCAGCCUCGAUGAAGUGCUCAGCGGAAAGGACGCAGAUGAACACCCUCUGGGUACACCGUCUUUCAAACGGCCAUCACUGCUUGUUCUAGGCUCAGGUCUCUGGUAUCUGCGGUAUGCUAACACUUCAGGGGGGCUCCCAGCAUGGGAAAGCAAUACGGAGGCGCUCCUCGAUCGGAUCUAUCGCUCACGCCGCAAACCCGCAGACGAAAUAGUCGUUUUACCUAUCGAGGAUCUUGUUUCGUACAAGCUAUCGGACGAGCGUGCCACCACGAUGCUACCCUCAGACAGAGACGCCAUGAACUCCGAACUUUUCCACAGAAUACAUCCACCAUUCACCCCAUUUUUCUCAAUAUUUUCCCCGCCGCCACCUGAAACUCCCGUCUCGCUCCCCCUCGUAUUCAACGAUAUGCUCGACCCUUCCCAGACGGAAGACGGACUUCAUUUCUCGGAUCCGGUCGUUCGAACUCAGGCGAACAUCCUCCUUAACCUUCACUGUAACGAUGAAUUACCCAAGAGCUUCCCUCUCGACAAGACGUGCUGUCGUCGCUACCCUUGGCCGUCCUUACUCCAUUUUGUGGUUUUAGUAGCCGCUGUUUUUUGGGGUCCUUGCGCCUGGCUCUUGUCCCGCCGAAACGAGGGCAGAUCGCUUCUCAGCCCACCUUAUAUCGACGAGGGUCAACUACCACCACUAGUCAUGAGCGGCGCGGUUGCAGUCAUAUAUCUGGCAGACAGGUCUUGGUUCUGGUUGAAAGAACAAAAACAAUUCGAUUCAUGGGCUUUUGGUUUCCUCAAUUUCUUGUUCUUGGCCAUCGGUCUCGCCACAGUCAAGCGUGCGGACAAGGAUCUCGGUUUCUUGAACAGAGAGCAAACGGAUGAAUGGAAAGGCUGGAUGCAGAUCGCCAUCCUGAUCUAUCAUUAUUACGGGGCAUCGAAAGUCUCCGGAAUAUACAAUCCAAUUCGGGUCCUCGUUGCAUCGUACUUGUUCAUGACUGGCUACGGGCAUACAACGUUUUACGUCAAAAAGGCGGACUUUGGUUUCCUCCGGGUGGCGCAGAUCAUGGUGCGGUUGAAUCUGCUCACCCUCCUGCUCGCGUACACCAUGAACACCGAUUACAUUUCGUACUAUUUCGCGCCGCUCGUAUCCAUGUGGUAUUUGAUCAUCUACGCGACGAUGGCCAUUGGAUCUCAAUUCAACGAUCGCACCGCGUUCCUCGUGUUCAAGCUCUUCGCCUCCAUGGCCCUCGUUACCUGGUUCAUGAGCGAGCCCUGGUUGCUCGAAACAAUCUUUGCCUUCCUCGCUAAUUUCUGCGCCAUCCAUUGGUCGGCAAAGGAAUGGGCCUUCCGCGUCAAUCUCGACCUCUGGAUCGUCUACUUUGGAAUGUUCAGCGCACUCACCUUCAUCAAGAUCCGCGAGCACCGUCUGACGGAGCAUCCGCAUUGGCACCACGCAGUCAACGUCGCCAUCGGUACCUCAGCGCUCGUCAUGAUAUGGUACUUUGGCUUUGAACUCGCGCAGCCAGACAAGUUCGUCUACAACACGUGGCAUCCCUACGUUUCGUUCCUCCCCGUCGCAGCGUUCAUCGUCCUACGAAAUGCGAACCCCGUUCUCCGAUCAGCAUCCUCCAGAGCGUUUGCGUGGAUCGGUCGUUGCUCCCUCGAGACGUUCAUCAUCCAGUACCACCUUUGGCUCGCGGCGGACACGAAGGGGAUCCUUAUCGUCAUUCCGUGGACGAGAUGGCGCUCUCUCAAUAUGGUCAUCACCGCCGUCAUGUUCGUCUACAUCAGCCACUACGUAGCUAUCGCUACGGGCGAGUUCACCUCUUGGAUCUGUGGCACUGGUAACUCGAAGAAAUCACUACCCACAACUGCUCCCGGUGCCGGUGCCGGUCCUAGCGCCAAUACCAACAAUAGACACGAUCGUGACCGUACGCCAGAGUCCGUACCGUUGACCACGCAAGGCGAACCGACUCAACCGAAGGAUGAGACGGAGAGCGGUGCGGUAGCGGGACAGUCGUCUGAGGAAAGGCCUCCAUCGCCGCCGGCUACACCGAGGAGAUGGAUGGAUCGGUUGGCGGAGGGGUCGGAGGCGCCGAGGACGAGAGGGAUUCCGAUGCGGUUGUGGGAGGGCGUUGGGAAUAGGAAGGAGGGGUGGAACUUGGGCGUGAAGGCGAAGCUUGCGAUGGGGUUAGGGUUGAUGUGGUUCUUGAAUGUUUUGUGGGCAGCGCCCGCUUGAAGCGGUGGUUGAGUGACCCACGGACGGAUUGACAUAUACGGAGCGGAAGUAUAGUACAUAGGCUGUAGCCAGUGUUAAUGCAAUUC